AUGUCAAUAUUUUCAUAUAUCAUUGCUACAGGUUUAUUAUUUUAUGUACUUAAAUUUCCACUUCCAAAAUCAUCCUUAAUAUCUUUAGAUCAAAUUAAAAAACAUCAAAAGAUUUAUUUUUGUAAAACUUAUCAUGCGAGGUUUUGGCCCAUUAAUCAUUCUUUUAAAUAUCCUAUAAUAUUUGUUGGAGUUGAUUUGGAUUUAUUAGAACAAGAGAAAUAUAAGAAAAUCGGAAAGAAAUUGUUUGAAAUCGGAUAUAAUAAUAGUUCGAUUUUAUUAAAUAUAAAUGAUGAGGAUUAUCUCGGAAAAAUCAAUGUUGAUGAUCGUAAUUUAGAAAAUCCAUAUCUGCAAAGACCAAAAAAACAGAUAAAGUCAAUCAAAGAAAAAUUAUUAUGGCAUAUCAAACGACAUAAUAUUUCGGUGGAUGAUUUAUGUAGAUUUGAAUUAGUUACAAUGCCAAGAUUCUUAGGAUAUGCUUUCAAUCCGAUACAGAUUCCGAACAUGAAUUUCGAAAUGGGCAAGUAUGAUAUGAGUUUUACCAUGAAACGAUCUUUUCAUGUGUCACCAUUUAACGAUCGUUUAGGAAUUUACAAGGCAUUCUGUAAAGAUCCUAAAUCAGGUUAUUUGGAUAUGAGGAUCGUAAUGUACGCGGAUCCAUCACUUUCGGAUCAUAAGCAUUUACCAUCCGAAAAUAUCAUUCCGAGUAAAUCACAAUUUAAAAAGAAAAUGGUCGCUACCGCAUCAGGACCUUCAUACGCCUUAACGAUGAACAGUUUAUUAUAUGCUAUAUUGACAUACCCUUUUGAAAUAUUUUUAACCUUUCCAAGGAUUUUAAAAGAAGCGUACACAUUACAUUAUAAUAAAACGUUAGGGGUUUAUCAUAGGCCAAUUCCCGUUGAUGACACUGUCGUGAAAUUGGAACCAAAUUCAAUUGAUUUGUAUACAUUCGUUUUUAAUUUCUUGGAAAGGGAGGUGGGGUUUUAUGUUUUAUUUCAAGUUGGACCUUGUCACCUAGUUGACAACGUAGACAAUUCAUUCGGAUCAACUCAUAUUACAAUAAAUUUACCUGACGAGAAGAAAUCGCCGAUCAUAAUACGUCCAUCAAAUUUACUUUCGACUAUGAUAUUACCAUAUUCAAAUCAUAUAAUUAUCAACCUUCAUAAUUAUUCAUUCUUUACGAAUUUCUUAAUAAAUCAAAAUCUUUAUAGGGCUUUAUUAAUAGGUUAUUUUGAAAAAUCAUGGGAUUGUAACGAAUUGGAAUUGUUAUUAAACAUGAUCUUUAAUAAUAAAUCAUGCGAAGAGAAGGAACCUUUACACAGAGAUCAUAAAAUUAGGUUAAGCAAUUUUGAAAAUAGAAUAUCAAAGUUAAGGAGAUGGUAUUGGAAAAAUUUAUUUAAGGACCCAGAAAGUUCGGGUGAAAGGGCCAAAAAGGAAUUUGAUCAAUUAUUACAAAACAUGUGGCCUCCUACAGGUGUUAAAGAGGAUUUCAUUGCUACUAUAGUACAAAAUAACGUUUGUUUUGAUAUUAGACUGAACGCAACAGUAUCUGUAGCGUUAAGAGAUUUAUUGGCGAUAAAUAAUGAAGGAAGUGUCAUAGCAUUAUUUUGUUAUACCCACCUUUAUAUGUUAUCCCCAAUCACGUAUCCCUUAUCGACAACAAUAUCAAAAAUAGCUCCGAUCAUAGAAUCAAAACUUCACUUAUUGCCAUUUCCGCCAAGGUACCUACCAUAUGAGAAUAAAGAACCAUUAAAACAUCCAAUAGAUAGAUUCGUAUAUUCGAGCAACCUAUUUACUGAUCAAGAUAAACUCAAGUAUACAUGGAUGAUGUUAUUAAUGGUAUUGGGUUAUAAAAACGAUGCGGGAUUAUGGCAAAUAUUUACAGGAUUUGUGGAAGGACCUAGAGGUAAUCCUUAUUUUGCUGAAAAAUGGUUAUGGGAAGGGAUUGUUGAUUUAUUAAAGAGGUAUGAAAGGAACGAAGAGGAUGAGGAAGAAGAACAAUGGGUUGAAUGUGAUAGUGAUAUUGAAAGUGUUAAAGGCAUCAGCGUUUACAGUUCAAAUGAAAAAACUGACUAUAAUACAAAGAAAAAUACAUUUGAUGGCUGGGAACUUGUUUAUGAAAGGAUAAAUGGUUAUGAUAAUCUACAAAGAGUUAAAUCAAUAUCUACUCCACCUUUACCACCACCGAUAUCAUCACCAAAUGCUUCUAAACCUAAGCAACUUAUUAAUCAUAAUCCUGUAAUAGAAGAAGACAGACAACAGAGAUUAUGGUUAUUUAUUAAAACUUUUAGAGAAGUGGUAUUAUUGAGAAAUGAUUUAAAUUAUUAG